UCCAUGUGUUCGCUUUCAUUAACCAUCAGUACUCUCUAUCUCGAAUCGUGACGUGCGUUUUUUUUCUCACUCAAAUUUUUCUCUCGACAGCAUCCGCCGUUUCGUAUAACUUACGUUUCGGUUUCAAUUUUUUUUUUUUUCCAUUCUCAUCUGUUUCGUCUUUUUUUUUGUUUGUCCCCCAUUUUCCUUCCGCGUUAUUUUUUUCGAGCUAGAGUUUGGAGUUUUUUUUUUCAUCGUUGUCGUCAUUUUUUCACUUAAUUUUUGGCCAAAUCGUGAAAUUUUCAUCGAGUUUUGCUUUCGCUCCGCCGUCGUGCCGUUGUUGUGGCCAUUUUUAUGUAUUUUCGUUUCUUUAAAAAAAUUCGAUUUAAAUACACCUUCGAGUGGUUUCGUUCGCAGAUGUGAUUUUUCCCCCCCAAACUAUCGUAUUUUCGAGUUCGAUUUCCGUGAAAAUCGUACAAUUUUCAUGGAUUGGUGAAAAGUGAUAAUUUUUUAACUAUUUUGGUGUCGCUGCAACAUUCAUCGUACCGAGAAAAAUCGCACACGGAUGUGAGAUGUAAUCGCGUACAUUAUUUUUACUCGACUUAUUUCACUACAAGAAACCCAAACCAGCAGAGCACACUCACCAAUGGAGUACCGAUUUCCGGGCAAUCGGCACGUUAUAAACGUCGACUCGGAAAUAGUCGAAGACAUGUCCAACGACUACGAAAACGAAGACGACGAAGGCGAAGAGGACGAAGAAAGUGACGACGAAGAGGAAGAAGAUGACGAUGUCGAGGACGAAGAAGAAGACCAAUUACCGUACCCGGGAUUUGUACCGAUCUCGUUCAAAUACUUAGAUCAGAUGACCAGACCGAGGAGUUGGUGUUUGGCUAUGAUCACGAAUCCGUGGUUCGAACGAGUUAGCAUGCUGGUGAUAUUAUUAAAUUGCAUAACGCUGGGAAUGUAUCAGCCUUGCGUGGACGAUAAAUGCAUUACGAACAGAUGCAAAAUUCUUCAGAUGUUCGACGAUUUCAUUUUCGCAUUUUUCGCCCUCGAAAUGACUGUUAAAAUGAUCGCUAUGGGAGUUUAUGGUAAAGGUACAUAUUUAGCGGAUUCGUGGAAUAGGCUGGAUUUCUUCAUAGUUUUAGCCGGAGGCUUAGAAUACUGUUUAAACGUCGAGAACAUCAACUUGACUGCGAUACGAACGAUACGAGUGCUGAGACCACUUCGCGCCAUCAACAGGAUACCAAGUAUGCGAAUCUUGGUAAUGUUAUUGCUCGACACGUUACCAAUGUUGGGCAAUGUGCUGCUGCUGUGUUUCUUCGUUUUCUUCAUUUUUGGAAUCAUCGGCGUGCAACUUUGGGAAGGAAUUUUAAGGCAGAGGUGUUUUUUAAAGCCUAUACCAAACGUUACGUAUCCCAGAGAUCUUCCGCCAUAUUACCAGUACAAAGAUCAAGACAGGGAUUACAUAUGCUCGCAACCUGAUGCCAAUGGUAUGCACACUUGUAGCAAUAUUCCACCGAUGAAAUUCAACGGAAUACCUUGCAACGAAACAGCCAAAUCUUGGUCAUACAAUCAGCCUAGCAAUGGAUCCUGUGUCAAUUGGAAUCAAUACUAUACUGACUGCAAAUCCCAGGGUCAGAAUCCGUUCCAAGGGACCAUCUCGUUUGAUAAUAUUGGUCUAGCGUGGGUCGCUAUUUUUGUGGUAAUCAGCUUAGAAGGAUGGGUUGAUAUUAUGUAUUACGUUCAAGACGCGCAUUCCUUCUGGGAUUGGAUCUACUUCGUAUUGCUCAUUGUGAUAGGUUCGUUUUUUAUGAUCAACCUGUGCCUAGUCGUAAUAGCCACUCAAUUCUCCGAGACAAAGAAACGCGAAAUGGAAAGAAUGCGACUGGAAAGAGCCAGAUACCAUUCAACCAGCACGUUGGCUUCGUCGACCAACAAUUCCGAGCCAAAUUCCUGCUACGCUGAAAUGAUCAAAUACAUCGCACAUAUAUAUCGACGCGGCAAACGAAGACUGAUUAAAAGGUAUCGUGUAUGGAGAUAUACAAGGCAACAGAAAAAAGAAGCGAAACGCAUAUCAAAAACUGCCGCUACAACACUGCCGUUACAGCACUUAUCGAGUUCCGCCGAAGAAGAGAGCUCCAAAAAUAAGCCAGAAAGUCGAGAAGAUUCUUCUUGCCAACGAGAAGAUAGCAUUAGGUCACAACCGACGCCAGCGAUUUUGCGAGUUGGUUCGGUCAAUUCUUCGAUCAGCAGAAAAGAUCUAUCGGAUCACGAUCAGGCAUCGAGCAAAUAUAUCACCGCAUCACCGAGCAAAAACUCGACUCGACGCCAAAGCAACGUGGUUUUCAGCGACGUAGUGUUACUCCAUUCGAACGAAAGCACCUCGGGUGAAACCACGAAAAACGUUUGCUCCAGCGAAAAAAUGACUCAAGCUGGAGACGGCAACAUUUGGCAAAUUAUACCGAAUACUCAAACUAUUCCGGUAACCAAUACGAUGAUGAGUUGCCAAGAAUUACUCGCACUGAGUGGAGCACUAUCAGCUGCACUUCCUACUGGCCAAUUAGCUUUAGAUUCAUUAUUUAAUUCGUUAAGCCAAAGUAUAUUAUCGAAUCAAUCGCGGAGAUGGGUGCCUCCGAAUAAUCCUACCAUAUGUUUCGUCGAUCAGCCUCAUUUAAGGAGCGAUCGAUCCAGCAGAAGACGAAAUUCUUCGGAUUACCAAAAUCGAGGAAUAUGUAAUCAAUGUUGUCUUCACAAUACCAUAUACGUAUUCAAUAAGUACUGCCUGCACUGGUGUUCUGUAUUACGCAAACUAAUCAAAAGACUGGUUAAUCAUAAACGAUUCCAACAAGGAAUAUUAUUAGCUAUUCUUAUAAAUACUCUCAGCAUGGGUAUCGAAUACCACAAUCAGCCGCAAGAACUAACGGUAAUCGUUGAAAUUAGCAAUAUCGCAUUUUCCUUGAUAUUCGCCGCCGAAAUGAUACUAAAGAUAAUAGCGGACGGUGUAUUCGGCUACAUUAGCAACGGUUUUAAUGUUUUCGACGGUGUCAUCGUAAUACUAAGCAUUAUCGAAUUAGGCCAAUCGUUUUUCGAAGGAUACGAAAGUUCUAAUUCCGGCCUAAGCGUUUUACGUACUUUUAGAUUACUACGAAUAUUAAAAUUGGUACGAUUCAUGCCCAAUUUACGGAGACAACUUUUUGUCAUGCUCAGAACCAUGGAUAACGUUGCCGUCUUCUUUUCGCUGUUAAUUUUGUUCAUAUUCAUCUUCAGUAUACUAGGAAUGUAUUUGUUCGGUGGUAAGUUUUGCAUGUACGAUGAUGGCUUGCGAGAAUGUAAUUGCGAAGAAAUUGUCAAUAAGCACCCACUGUGUCACUGCGAUCGUAAACACUUUAACAAUGUGCUAUGGGCAACUGUAACCGUAUUUCAAAUAUUGACUCAAGAAGACUGGAAUAUUGUAUUAUUCAAUGGGAUGGAAAAAACCAGCCAUUGGGCGGCUUUGUAUUUCGUUGCUUUGAUGACUUUUGGAAAUUACGUGUUGUUUAAUCUUCUGGUGGCUAUUUUAGUGGAAGGAUUUCAAUCUGAGAGAAACGAAAGACGAGAACGCGAACAAAGAGAAUUAGCUAGACAAGCGAGGAGAAAAUUCUCGCAAUGUUGCAGCGAAGAUUACCACAGUUGUUGUUCACAUUCCGACCAUGAUACGUUUUCACAAGAGAAUUAUCACGAAGACUUUCACAGGAUAUCGAAAGACUACGACGAUUACGAAUGGGAAAAGAAUUUUCGAUCUGAAUGCAACAUUAAGUGCAAUUUGCAAAAAGAACAUGAAAUGAAUCAUUCCGGAGCUCAAUAUCCUCCUUUGCCAAUUAUCACUCAUACAGCAGCUACUCCACAAGACUCGCCAAAUAAUACGCUAGAUGUUAGAGGAUUCAAUAAUCAGCUCACGAGCUUGUUAUCAGCCAAUUCUAGUAUUUUGUCGAUUGAUUCCAUCGAUUAUUCUAGUGCUUCUCAAAGCAGCUUCGAUAAAAUGUCUCGAAGACCGAUUCAAAUGACGAUAAAUACUUUCAUCGAAGAAGGAAUCAAAAAAGACAAUUCUAAUUCUGAUAUCAGCAGAAAAGAUUCAAAAAGUUUUAAUUUCCAAAGAAGAUGUUCAUGGAAGCUGUCACGACCUUCAUUCAAACGAAAAUCAUCUAAACAAAGUUUAACCGAAGACGACGAUCAAGACGUAAUCUUAAAUAACAAUAAUCACCUCGUUAUAAAUCCAUGCUUAUCAGAUCAUUCACACUGCAACGGAGGAGUUCUACGUAACAACGCGGAAUUUCGAAAAAACACGAAUUUAUUAUCUCCUCAUCAUUCCAUAGCCUCCGCAUCUUCAUUCCAAUCAGCCCAAGUGCAUCUAGCCGCCUCAAACACCACUGCCGGUUCAUCUCCGGUCAAUCCUCCGUUUCCAUUUCAAAUCCACGGCUCUCAUCUAAACAUUUCUCAUUUGAGCGACGUAGCCAGCGUAUCAGAAGAUAAAUCCAAAGGUUCCUGGUCUCAGGGUCAACGUAAACAUAUAUCUACCAUACUCGAUGAUAAAACCAACCUGCAAACAAGACUGGUGAACGAGGAACAAGCUCCGGUUGAGGAAGUACCUCGAAAACUGUUUUAUUUUUUAAAAGAAACUGGCGUUUUGAAGGAGAGAGCUGAGUAUUCUUUAUGGAUAUUUCCACCGGAGCAUCCGUUUCGUCGAACGUGUGAACAAAUUGUGGCUCAACGAUGGUUCGAUAAUCUCGUAUUAUUUUUUAUCGCUUUGAAUUGUAUCACGUUGGCAAUGGAGAGGCCCAAUAUACCACCGAUUAGUGGAGAAAGGAAAUUCCUAGCUGCUGCCAAUUAUGUUUUCACCGUCGUAUUCGGAGUCGAGAUGUUCAUCAAGGUUGUAGCUGCUGGAAUGUUUUAUGGUCAAGAACCUUAUUUUAAAUCUGGUUGGAAUAUCAUGGAUGGGUCUUUGGUAUCGGUUUCUAUUGUGGAUAUCCUGAUGUCUCUGAUAUCUGACAGUAGUCCUCGAAUAUUUGGCAUUUUGAGGGUGUUUCGAUUAUUAAGAUCUUUGCGACCUUUACGAGUAAUAAACCGAGCUCCAGGACUGAAAUUAGUCGUUCAAACACUACUGUCUUCAUUACGGCCUAUUGGAAACAUUGUACUGAUCUGUUGCACUUUUUUCAUCAUCUUUGGUAUUCUGGGAGUUCAGCUAUUCAAGGGCACAUUUUUCCACUGCGAAGGGCCAAAUAUCAAAAACAUCCAUAAUAAAACCGAAUGCCUGAGAGAUCCGCAAAACGUUUGGGUGAACAGGAAAUACAAUUUUGACGAUUUAGGAAAAGCUCUGAUGUCAUUAUUUGUGCUUUCGUCGAGAGAUGGCUGGGUUAACAUUAUGUAUACUGGAUUGGACGCUGUUGGAGUUGAUCAACAACCUAUAGAGAACUUUUCAGAAUGGCGUUUAUUGUAUUUCAUCUCGUUCAUUUUGCUGGUCGGGUUCUUCGUGUUGAACAUGUUCGUUGGAGUGGUAGUUGAAAAUUUUCAUCGAUGUCGUGAAGAACAAGAGAAGGAAGAACGUGUUAGAAGAUUAGCAAAAAGAGCCAAACAACUGGAGAAAAAGAGACGAAGACUGAGGAGACCACCUUAUUACGCUGGAUAUGGAAAAUACCGCCUACUGGUUCAUAAUGUGGUCACAUCUAAAUAUUUCGAUUUAGCUAUUGCUGCUGUGAUAGGUUUGAAUGUUAUAACAAUGGCUAUGGAAUUUUAUAUGAUGCCAAAGGCCUUGACUUACGCUCUUAAAAUCUUCAAUUAUUUUUUCACCGCUGUUUUCGUAUUGGAAUCUCUUAUGAAACUGGUUGCACUCGGAAUAAUGCUUUAUGUCAAAGACAGGUGGAAUUUAUUAGAUGUUGGAAUUGUUAUACUGUCAAUCGUUGGAAUCGCUUUGGAAGAAGUUGAAUCGAAAAUAAUUCCUAUUAAUCCGACAAUUAUCAGAGUAAUGAGGGUAAUGAGAAUAGCCAGAGUUUUGAAGUUACUGAAGAUGGCCAAAGGCAUACGAGCCUUAUUAGAUACAGUAAUGCAGGCUUUACCACAAGUCGGGAACUUGGGAUUACUGUUUUUUCUCCUAUUUUUUAUAUUCGCAGCUCUAGGAGUAGAAUUAUUCGGUCGUCUAGAAUGUAACGAAGAACACCCUUGCCAAGGAUUAGGCGAACAUGCCCAUUUUAGCAAUUUCGGUAUGGCCUUCCUGACUUUAUUUCGAGUAGCCACAGGAGAUAAUUGGAACGGGAUAAUGAAAGAUACUCUACGAGACGAAUGUGACGAUCAUGCCGAUUGUGUUCGAAAUUGCUGCGUUUCAGCUGGAAUCGCUCCUAUGUUUUUUGUAAUCUUCGUUUUAAUGGCUCAGUUCGUGUUGGUCAACGUUGUCGUGGCUGUUUUGAUGAAACAUCUGGAAGAAUCGCACAAACAGAUGGAAGAUGAAAUGGAUAUGGACGAAGAACUGGAGAGAGAAAUCGAAGAAGAAGAAGAUUUAUGCGUUCAGUUAGCCUUAGAAAGAGACGCUAGUAUACACAAACCUUUAACAAAAGUUUUAUCUUUACCAGCUGAUUUUACUUUCACUAGUUGCCAAAGUUUACAGUCUCAGUUGGGUAAAGAGAGACGAGGCUCGGUUAAUUCGUGGGGUGGUCGAACUGUCGACUACGGUAGAAGACGUAGACUAACUUUAGGUCCAGGGUUAAUUGUACCCUCUCCUACAGAUUUCUCAGUUCCUUAUUAUUACGGACUCGAAAGUGAAAGGCAACAAUUAAUCAGACGAGUUGCCAGUGAUACAACGACUGAAAAAACCAAGCCGAAAAAUCUGGUCGACCAGUCCGGCUGCGAUUCGGCUUCCGGCUCUGGAUCAUAUUUACAAGUUCCAAAUUUAAACCUGUGUCCGGAAUCGCGUUACGAAAGGGAACGUGACUCCGAUAACUAUGUACAUUCGCCAAUUAUCAAAGUAACUCCUCCAUCGCUACACAGUUCGGUAUCUCUGUCCAAUGUAUCGACUGUUGUAGCCCAAAUCGAAACCAACAUUCCAGCCGAUACAGAAAAUACAAAACCCAACAUAUCAGCUAAUAAAAAAGAUAACUUAGAUGUAAGAAUAGAAGAUGAAGAGAAACCGCAAGAUGUAUAAAAUAAAAAAAAAACGAAUACCUACCUACUAUUUAUUAUAAAAAAAAACUACACCGAAAUACUUCGUAAUGUCUUCGAUAUAAUGAAAUAGAAAAAAGUGAUAAUAUUUUUUACUUAGUUAAUAAGCUUUGUUAUUCGUUUCAUCGAAAAUUUAUUAAUUGUACGAGUGACUGAAUUAUUUUUAUCGUUAAUUACCCCUCCUCCUCUUUUCUCGUGUAUAUGUCAACUAUUGAUAAAAAAGAAUAAAUCAUUUUAUACCUUGAUACAUUAAUUAAAGAAGUAAUUAAAUAAACAUUUUACCGAACGUUAUGAACGUCUCAUACCAAGAAAAAAUUAUCACUAUAUCAUAUGUUAUAAGAAUUUACCUUCCCAAAAAAAAAGUUUGUUAACUUUAAAGAUGUCUAAUGUGAUGAAAUAUUGUUUUAUAGUUACCUAAAGUUAAUUUUUUUUACUCUAUUCGUUUAAGCCAUAGUGUUAAAUCACGUUUACGAUGAUUAAGCAAGAAAAAAAAAUUCCUGUUGUAAAUUAUUCAAUUAUUUAUUUUGAUACCUAAUUAAGCUACUACCUACUACUACGAAGAAAUUCAUUUCGCUUUUGUAGAUGAUUUGAUAUAUCGAAUGAUCGAAUUGUCUUUAUACUCUCUCAUGUGAUCAAGAAUAGUAUUUAUCUAACUACGUUGUACUUGUCCUCUUUCUCACAAUUCUCUACCUUAUAAUAAUGUAAACGCUUUGAGACUCUAUAUUAGGUUCUCAAAACAUAUUCGAAUUCGUUUUUGUUUUUUUUUUUAGAUACCUACCUGUUUGAUUGUGAAAUUGAAAAAAAUACCUAUCUACCUACCUAUUACGUUUUUAGUGAUGAAGAAAACGCAAAAUGAAUUUUAUUUCGGUUUUUUACCAGUUAUUUUACUCCUAGAUGCGAUGUUUUAUAUUGAAAAAAUGUUUUUCUACAUGUCUCAAGAUUUUAGGUAUUCUUUCUACUAUCGAGCUUUUUAGUUUUGUAUUAUUUUCUCUGAACUACAACCUUAGAAAUGAUAUUUUAUAAUUGUAAACCAAAAAAUAUACUUAAAUGUUAUUAA